CAUCGUCUCCUCUUUUUCUUCACGCCGUCGUCUUCCGUCCCACUCCCACGAAAAAUUGUGGAGAGCGGUGAGCUACUGAUUGUCACACGCGAGGACAGUUGCUGCUCGAAGCUUGGUCACCACCACCACCACACCUAUUCACGACCCCCACAAAGUUCGGCCUUUCCCCGACCCACUCCACGCGUGUUGAAGCUUCCCGUGCCACAAUUACUGGUUGCAGCGCUUCCAAGCAUCAGCUAGUGUAUGAUCUACUCUCAUCUUGUGUCUCCAUGUGCAACCAGGCGACCUCCUACAUGCUUCAAGUACUUCCUGCCGCCGUUGCUAGACCUUGCUUUGUGUGAUCAUUCCCACCCAGCUUUGACUUGCUGACUGACACACGCCUACUCAGCACCGAGCCGAACCUACAAUGUUUGAGCUAUACCUCCUCACCUUCAACUGUGCACGCGCACUCGUCGACCCCCAAGCCCUGGCGCCUUCCCUGUUCGACGCCUUACCCAAAGCCGCCCCGCUGCCUGACUUGGUCGCUAUAUCACUACAAGAGAUUGCCCCCAUCGCCUACUCGUUCCUCGGAGGAUCAUACCUCAAGCCGUACUUCGAUCGCGUUACUACUACUGUCCAGCUUGCCGCACAUCUGCACAGCAAUGGCAGCGAACAGCUCGAGCAUAUUGCAACGCGGAGCCUGGGCAUGACAGCGCUUAUGAUAUUCGCCAAGCCUAAAUUCGCCGAGCGGAUACAAUGGAUACAAUCAGCAGGAGCCGGUGUCGGAUUCUCUAAUAUGGGCAACAAGGGCGCUAUUGCAAUGCGGGUUGGCCUAUCCUGCCCAGGCACGGACGAUCUGCUGCAUCUAACUUUCGCGGCAGCCCAUUUGGCACCCAUGGAAAGCAAUGUGCAGCCUAGAAAUAAGGACUGGGAAAACAUUGUGCGAAAUCUCGUAUUCGUGAACGGUGAUGAGUCGGCAUACAGCUCAAGUGAAGAGACGCCGCUGCUUGUUUCAUCGGGUGACAAACCAGCGGACCACAACGGUCUCUUCACCGCUGGCAAUCACGUCUUUUUCUAUGGCGAUCUGAAUUAUCGAACGCAUGACACGCCACCAGGAGAUGAAGAUUACAAGUCCUAUCCCCAACCCACAGCAUCUGAGUCGUCGCCUUUGCAUUACUCACAGCUAUUGGAAAACGACCAGUUGACGAGGGAAAGGCAGGCGAGUCGAACACUCCACGGUUUUGAGGAACUGCCUAUCAGCUUUCCGCCCACAUACAAAUACUCCACGUCCCACGCUGUGAAGAGCUCCGAUGACGAGAGGUGGGAGUGGUCCAAACACCGGUAUCCUUCUUGGUGUGACCGAAUACUAUAUCUACCAUCUCUCUCUUCGUCCAAGUUCGAGCCGCAGAUCUACACAGCUCUCCCUGUGCAGAACACCUCUGAUCAUCGGCCAGUAGCCCUGUCGCUACGUAUUGACGACAAACCUAUUCCUCUAGAUCCAGAUGAUAUUCGCUCCCAGCCUCCGUUUCCAAUCAAUCCGCAGUGGAAGGCCAGGAGGGAUGCCGCUCGACGCUGGGAAAUCAUUGUUGGGAUACUAUCAUACCUCACUCUGACCGGCAAGGGCAACGCAAUUCUCGUCACUGGCGUUGGUGCACUUCUGGGCAGCCUGUGGAUAGCUGGGUGGUUGAGCAGAUGAUGCGCCGUGUUUGGAUACCGUCUAGGUUUCACAAGAUUGAUUUAUCCUUUGCUCUACGUGACUCCCUACACCUCGGCACCAUUGCUCUCUGAGCCACUCCAUCGAAGUUGCUGUUGGCCAUCCCAUAGCGUUUACUUCUUCAAGAAAUUCGAUCAUGUUGCAUUGAUCCAGGCUAUCCUGCAGUACCACGGCGAACUUGUGGAUGGCGUGAGCUGCUAUUAAUGGUGCGGACAUCGCAUGCGCGUUGCAUCGAGCAAUGGCCAUCAUUUCUAUCAGCCCUUUCAACACUGCUUUCCUCGUGGGCGCCGUAACGUCAGCUAAUUGCACCUCGUCAUGCUCAACCUCUGGGGAAUUGGUCGCCAG